ACUGCACCGCCAGCAAGGAACGGAGCAGUACCAUCACCCCGCGCAAUGGCGUCCCAUCAACUGGCCAUUGCAAAGGCCUCGUUCUCAGCAGGCCUGCUGCGCCCGGACCCGACGUCUGUUCCGCGCGACGAGAUCACGGCGUUCCACACCUCCCUCGACCGGGUGCUGUCGCAAUGCUCCCCGGCCAACGUCCAGACCUGCAAAUCAUGGCUCCUUGAGUACGUCGUCUCGUCGUCUAACCGGGUCGGCGGGUGGGCGAAGUACCUAGUGACGUUGUCGGGGUCAUUCUCCGACAAUAAUGGGGGGGGAGGGAAUCAGCAGCGACCGUCGGGGAAGCGGAAACGUCUCCAUAUUCUCUACCUGCUGAACGAUGUCUUUCACCAUACGAAAUACCACAUGAAUACGAGCGCCGCGUUCCCUACGCUGAGCGGCUCGUUGCAGCCGCACGUCGUCGAGUUGCUGGGCUACGCUGCGUCCUACGAUCGUGAGAAGCACCCGAAACACCAUCGUCGGCUGGACGAGCUGCUCGAUAUCUGGGACGAGAAUGGAUAUUAUGGGAGCGACUAUGUGAACAAGCUGCGGGAGGUGGUGAAGACCUCGUCGGUGUCUGGGCCGGUCAAGACGUCGCUGAGCGUGGAGGAGAGUAAUGUUCAGCUUUUGGGCUCGGGAGCGACCCAACGUCCCUCCGGCAAGGAUGUUCCGUACAACAUGCCGGCUACGCACGGGGACUCUUCGACGCCGUUUUUCGACCUGCCCGCGGGGAAUCUCGUCCCGCAUAUCAUUCCGGAUUCGACCGUGCCGCUGCGGACCGAUUCGAUCAAACCGUUGCAGUUCCUGGCGGGACCGGCGGAUGAGAGUCUGGUCGUGGCGCUGAAGAAGUUUCUCAAAGAUGUGGAUCGGAUAUAUGGACCGCAGGGAGAGCCGGAGCAUGAGGAUGACGAGGUCGUUGACAUCGAUGACUUGGGCCAGAUAGUGAUCCGGGACGCGGAUGGCGAGGUGGUCGAGGGCGAAACGUACUACGGCUGGUCGCGGUCGUUCUGCCAGCAGAUGCGAAAGAGAAACAACAAGCGGAACUCGCAUAGUCGCAGUCGCAGUCGCAGUCGCAGUCGCAGUCGCAGCCGCGGCUCCUUCAAGCGCAGACGGUACAGCGACAGCGAGGGCUCGCGAUCACGAAGUCGAUCGCCGCGGAGAUCGGGCCGGUAUGAUUCCCGAUCACGCAGCGCAUCGUGGAAGAGAUCCUCAUCCAAGCCUCGCGAACGAUCGGCAUCCUAUUCACCCCGUCCACCGGCGCAUCGAGCCGUCCCUCCUCCCCCUCCUCCCGCAGAGUACCAUCAUCCACUACCCCCCACCCAGCAUCACCACCAACAAAAUCCUCCAUACGGAAAUACAGCCCCUCCCCCGCCGCCUCCAGUAGGAUAUCACCCUCCGCCACCACCACCGCUCCCAUUUCCCCCGGGGAGUAGCGGUGUCCCACCCGGCUUUCCCCCGGGAAUGCCCCCAGCUCCUCCCCCUCCGCCGCCAAACUACCAGGGCACGUGGCCUCCGCCGCCUCCGCCGAUGCCGGGCUUUGGGCCGCCAUCAGGGCACCAUGCGCCGCCCCGUCACACUUUCCGCCGCCGUACGGACAGGGCCAGUACCCGCAGCAGAUGCCGCCGGGGUCGUUCCAUUUUCCUCCGCCUCACUCCGGGGGACCGCCUGGACCGCCUGGACCGCCUCAGGGGGGAAGAGGAUGGGGGUACGGGAAUGACCGUGGAUGGCGGUGACUGAUGGAUGCGAAUUAGACUGUACUUAUAUUGACCUGACCUGAUCUGGCACUGAAUAAUGAAC